UACAAGUGUGUACAAAGUACAUACUGUAUACCUUUGUGAAAUGAUUAAUUAAAAACAUUACUUUCUCUCUUUCUCGGUUUUCCCCUCUGAAGAAGACGGCAAUGACAUCAGAGACUGCAGCACGCAGUCGGAGAGUCUGCGUGUGGACGCCCCUGGCUCCUCCCACAUGUCAAGUCACAGCGGGGAGCUGCGCAUCCUGAGCGUUUACGGACAAGGGGAGGGCCCACUGGCGGUGGAUGGCCAUGACACCCUCUUUGUCGCGUCAGAACUGGAGGUCUUGAGCUCGCUGUCCACAGGCCACAGCGUGGCCAAGAGCCUGAACUGCAGCGUGCGGCUCGUCCGCCUUGAGGAGCUGACUGGGCAUCGGGGCGGCCGCAAGGACCGGCCCGGUGUCUUGUGUGGAAAGGUUAUUCCCAACAAUGCCAAUAUGAUCGUCCACAUGAUGCCUCACUCUGAGGAGAAGCCCUACAAGUGUGACCAAUGCCCAAAGCGUUUCAGUCAUAGCUCCGCCCUGAAUAUCCACAUGAGGACUCACUCCGGGGUGAAGUCCUACAAGUGUGACCAAUGCACGAAGAGCUUCAGUCAGAAAAGCUACCUGAAGAUCCACAUGAGAACUCACUCCGGCGAGAAGCCCUACAAGUGUGACCAAUGCAUGAAGUGCUUCAGUCAUAGCUCCACCCUGAAUUUCCACAUGUCGACGCACACCGGCGAGAAGACCUACAGGUGUGACCACUGCCCGAAGUGCUUCAGUCAUGCCAGUCUCCUGAAGUUCCACAUGUCGCGUCACUCUGCGGAGAAGCCCUACAGGUGUGACCAAUGCCCGAAGCGCUACCUACGGAAAUGCGACCUGAAGAUCCACCUGAGGACUCACUCCGGUGAGAAGCCCUACAAGUGUGACCAAUGCAUGAAGUGCUUCAUUCAGAAAGGCCCCCUGAAGAGCCACAUGAGUACUCACUCCGGUGAGAAGCCCUACAAGUGUGACCAAUGCACGAAGUGCUUCAGUCUGAAAGCCCUCCUGAAGAUCCACAUGAGUACUCACUCCGGUGAGAAGCCCUACAAGUGUGACCAAUGCACGAAGUGCUUCAGUCAGAAAUCUACCCUGAACAACCACAUGAGGAUUCACUCCGGGGAGAAGCCCUACAAGUGUGACCAAUGUACGAAGCACUUCAGAGCGACAAGCCACCUGAAGCGCCACAUGAUGACUCACUCUAGGGAGCAGCCCUACAGGUGUGACCAGUGCAUGAAACUCUUCCAACGGAAAUGCGACCUGAAGAUCCACCUGAGGACUCACUCCGUUAAGAAGCCCUACAAGUGUGACCAUUGCAUGAAGUUCUUCAGUCAGAGAGGCAAGAUGAAUAUCCACAUGAGGAGUCACUCCGAGGAAUAUCCCUACAGGUGUGACCAAUGCCCGAAGCGCUUCACUGAAGGUCGCUUCCUGAAGUACCACAUGUGGACUCACACCGGCGAUAAGCCCUGCGUGUGUCUGGAGUGCAACGCCAGCUACAGCGACCCAAGCAGUUUGCGUUUGCACUUGCUCAAAGCACACUUUGACACGAGGUAACGGGACGCUUUGAUUGAGACCUCUGUCUGGUAUUGGUUUAAAUUACUGCUUUUAGUUUUUCUUUCAUCACGAUUAAACGCUUUCUACUUUUGA